AUGGAUUCACACAGGAGCUCUCUGCCCGCCGCGCUCCUGCUCUGCUUCGUUUUCUGGGAGAUACCCUGUGCCCAGCAGGCAUCCAUCCCUGCCAACCAGCAAGACCGGGUCCUGAGGAGACAGCACAGGGAGGGCAGGGCAUCCUCCGCGGCCCCCCGGGAGCAGCCCCUGGCAGUGCCAGUCGUGCCCCACGAAUACAUGCUGUCCAUUUACAAAACUUUCUCUACAGCUGAAAAACUUGGGAUCAAUGCCAGCUUCUUCCAGUCCUCCAAGUCUGCCAACACCAUCACCGGCUUCGUGGACAGAUACUGGGACGAUCUGGCUCACUCUCCUUCUAGAAGACAGAGGUAUUUGUUUGAUGUGUCCACCCUGUCUGACAAAGAAGAGCUGGUGGGAGCUGAGCUAAGGAUCUUUAGGAAUUCUCCUAUGGAGUUAUUGAAAGCCCCUUCAGGGCUAUACCACCUGCAGGUAUUAUCCUGCCCAUCCCAAACCCUACUGGACUCCAGGACUCUGGAUCUGAGGGACACUACAGUGCCAGGAUGGGAGGUUUUUGAUGUAUGGAGAAGCCUGAACAGUGGCAGUAAGCCAAGAAAGCAAGUUUGCUUGGAGUUAAGAGCCACCUCAGCCACCUCUGGUUUGGAAGUGAGUCUAAGAAGUCUAGGAUUGUCCAGGAAACCCAAAUCUCAACAGGAGAAGGCUCUCCUAGUGGCUUUUACUAUAUCCAAGAGGAAGAACCUCUACAAUGAGUUGAAGGAACAGGUUCACUCAGCUAAAGGGUUGGAGAAAGAAGCCAGGUCUCAAUUUAAAACUAAGAGAAAGAGAAGGACAACAUUUAAUAGUCGGCAUGGCAAAAGGCAUGGAAGGAAAUCACGUCUAAGGUGCAGCAAAAAGCCACUUCAUGUAAACUUUAAGGAGCUAGGAUGGGAUGACUGGAUCAUUGCUCCCUUAGAAUAUGAAGCCUAUCAUUGUGAGGGAGUAUGUGACUUUCCUCUGAGGUCUCAUCUAGAGCCAACCAAUCAUGCCAUUAUCCAGACCUUGAUGAACUCUAUGGAUCCAGGGUCUACUCCACCAAGCUGUUGUGUCCCUACAAAAUUGACUCCUAUCAGUAUUUUGUACAUUGAUGCAGGUAAUAAUGUGGUAUACAAACAGUAUGAAGACAUGGUUGUAGAGUCUUGUGGCUGCAGGUAGCAGUUGCUUUGGAUGUUCUCAGCAUCAUCAUAGCUGAUAUGAAGGGAGAUAAAGACAACUGAUGGACAAGAGAGGGCUGGCCCAGGAAGGAGGUCUUUCUAUACAACUUCCAUAAGUGAAGGGAUUGUGGUUUCAAGUGUCUGGUGCACCCUUUAUUCUUGCAACAUGCCAACCUGGCACAGAUCAGUGGUGACUUUGUGUGGACAAGUUAUAAGCAAAGUCAAACCAAUGUGCCAAUUGGGUAAACCAAUAAAAACUACAUUUGUCUUAUGGUAGGUCAUAUCUUUAGAGUUCCAAUGAAAAGAUUGUCAUAUAAGCUGACACUCAACAAUUAAAUGGUUUGGACAGAGGAGGCAUCUUGACAGCAUCAGACAGAAGAGAAUUUGGCCAGUGCACAUAAGUAUAAUUUGUCUGGUUUAGAGCUCAUAUUCAGAUUUAUGUAAGUGCAAUGUUCCAGACCUGGUCAUGAGGACUGCACAAGAGGAGGAGGUGGAGGAAGGGUGUAUUAUGGUGGCACUUUGUUAACCCCCUUCCCCCUCCCUUCUUCUUCAAAUCUGAUGGAACUAGGGCCAUCCAGACCCAGUGGAGGGGGAGUCACGUCUGGAUAGCAGAGGAUUAUGUUGCUGUUGAUUUUUGGAGUGUACACAAGUUGCUGUGACAGGCACCUGUUCAAACUGAGUCCAUUUAAGAUUACAGGAAAGCAAUAGUCUGUUCUUUUCAUGGGCUGGCAUGCGAAGAGUAAUAGAAGUAGGGGACCCAUAAAGUUUUUUUUUUCUUUAAUUUUAACUACCUGUCUUAUCACCUAGAGCUAUCUAAGGAUCUGAAUUGCUCCAAUAACAUUGCACAAUAAAAACACCUAAAGGAAAAAACAAAAAAAAACAAAGAAAGGGAGAGGUGAAGAGAAUGAGCCAGGAAGUAAGGUGGCCAAUGAAAUAGCCAAAGUGGAAUAUAAAGCUGAGGGAACAGAUUUCAUGAGCUCUUCCUCUGUGAUAGGCUUUACAUUCAUUGGCUUGCAAUGACUGUGCAGUUUUAGUUUAGUGAUAUUAGAUGCAUCAACGACCCAUCAUUUUCACUGCAAACUAUCUCAUGCAUUAUCUUGUGAUGUCAUCUCUUAGGGAAGGGGCUUGAAAUCACAUGGCGAUAAAAUCGCAAUUUCAUAAUAUUGCAUGAAACUGUAAUAGAGCCUUAUGGGGAAAGAUUGCGUGCAAUUGUAUCAGUAGAGAUGAGUCAAUUUCUUAAAAUUCGAUUUGGGUCUGAGUAAAUUCAACUUGAACCUCCCUGAUAGCCUGGAGAAAUGUCACGUUUCUCUGUAGCUCUUUCUCCUCUCCCUUUAUUGAUUCUCACGACAUAAAUCACCAAAAAUUCUAAUUCUAUUGAUCUCAAUUAUUUUUUUGUGUGCAAAUUCUGGUUAAAUUCCUGAAUUUCACAAUCAAUUUGCUCAAUAUCACUUUCAUGCAAUAUAUUUCAUGAGAUAUUGCACUGUGAUUUAAUAUGAUGGCAUUGGUGGAAUAAUCAAGUAUUAUGGAGUCCUGCCCUGAAUAUACCUAGCAUGACUAGUAGAAAGUACUUUCACACUAGCGUUUUUGCUGGAUUGGGUAGGGUUCAGCAAAAAUGCUUCCGUUACUGAUAAUACAACCAUCUGCGGUUGUAUUAUCUUU